AUGGUUGCUUUGGGGCUCACCGAUCAGGAGACAGGUCUUAUCGCACGCCUCCUCAACCAGGCCCUCAAUCCAUACAUCACGAGCAUUGGCACUCAAGCCAGAUACUUUGGUCUGAAGUAUUUCUACUUCGGGUGCUUGCUGGAGACUCUCGAGGGCACGGUAGACACCGCCGUGAAGUUCGUGGUGGACGGGGCAUUGCCGGUCAAUACGUCCGCCACAAUGAAGCACCAGGUUUUAUCCAAAGAUUUUGGUAAGGUGGAUAAUGUGACUUUCCAACAAGGCGAUAUAGUGACGCAGGUCUUUGAGCUUGAUAAUGUCGAGUAUGUCCUUGUCAAGUAG